ACGCGGCCCGGCCGCUGCGCCCCGCUUGCGGUAGGGGUCGCUGCUACGCGGCGCGCGCUUCCACCGCGGAGAAUAACGGGGCUCGGGCGGCAGGAGAAAGGAAACCUGCCCGGGACGCGGCGGCGGCCGGGACGGAGCGAGGGACGGGAGUUCACUUUUGCUCGGGUGGGAGCGCGCGGCGGCUGCAACGAGCGCCGACCGGGGAGCACCGAGGGAGCGGGUCGCCCAUCUCGGGGCGACCAGGGGAGGGCAGCGAGAGGCCGGAUACGAGCGCCCCGGAGGGGCGCGGAGCGGGCGAGCCUGGCCAGCGAGCGGAGCCGCGGGGGGCGCGCCUCGGGCGGGCCCCCGGAGCCGCGCAGGAUGCCCCACGAGGAGUUGCCGUCCCUGCAGAGACCCCGUUAUGGCUCUAUCGUGGAUGAUGAAAGGCUCUCUGCAGAGGAGAUGGAUGAGAGGAGACGGCAGAACAUCGCUUAUGAAUAUCUGUGCCACCUAGAGGAAGCCAAAAGGUGGAUGGAAGUCUGCUUAGUUGAAGAAUUGCCACCAACCACUGAACUGGAAGAAGGGCUCCGGAAUGGGGUUUACCUUGCAAAGUUAGCCAAGUUCUUUGCCCCCAAAAUGGUAUCAGAGAAAAAGAUCUAUGAUGUGGAACAAACGCGUUAUAAGAAGUCCGGCCUUCAUUUUCGACACACAGAUAAUACGGUCCAGUGGUUAAGAGCAAUGGAGUCUAUCGGUCUACCCAAGAUAUUUUAUCCAGAAACAACAGAUGUCUAUGACCGGAAAAACAUACCGAGAAUGAUAUACUGCAUUCAUGCAUUGAGUUUAUACCUGUUCAAACUAGGAAUAGCACCCCAGAUCCAGGAUUUGUUGGGCAAAGUAGACUUCACAGAGGAAGAAAUUAGUAAUAUGAGAAAGGAACUUGAGAAAUAUGGAAUACAAAUGCCAUCUUUCAGCAAAAUAGGUGGGAUUCUGGCUAAUGAACUGUCAGUGGAUGAAGCUGCUUUGCAUGCUGCAGUUAUAGCCAUUAAUGAAGCUAUUGAAAAAGGAAUAGCGGAACAAACCAUUAAAACGUUAAGAAACCCAAAUGCAGUUUUAACUUUAGUAGAUGACAGCCUCGCACAGGAAUACCAGAAGGAACUCUGGGAAGCCAAGAAAAGGAAAGAGGAAAGUGCAAGACUGAAGAAUAACUGUAUUUCAGAAGAAGAAAGAGAUGCCUAUGAAGAACUUCUGACCCAGGCAGAAAUCCAAGGCAACAUCAAUAAAGUCAACAGGCUGGCUGCCGUGGACCACAUCAAUGCUGUCAUUCUGGAAGGUGACCCCGAGAAUACGCUACUUGCACUGAAGAGACCGGAGGCCCAGCUGCCUGCUGUUUAUCCCUUUGCUGCUGUAAUGUAUCAGAAUGAACUUUUCAACCUCCAGAAACAGAAUGCCAUGCAGAACUACUUGGCCCAUGAGGAGCUCUUGAUUGCAGUGGAAAUGCUGUCUGCUGUUGCUUUACUCAACCAGGCCUUGGAAAACAGUGAUCUCGUUUCUGUGCAGAAUCAACUCACAAGCCCAACAAUAGGCCUCAACAAUCUGGAUGAAUCGUAUGUAGAACGUUACACAAAUACACUACUCACCUUUAAACUGGAAGCCUUAUCCCAAGGGCAAGAUAACUUAAGCUGGAAUGAAAUUCAGAAUUGUAUCGAUAUGGUUAAUAUUGAAAUUCAAGAAGAAAAUGACCGAAUUGUAGCUGUAGGACACAUCAAUGAAGCUAUUGAUGAAGGGAAUCCUUUGAAAACUUUAGAUACUCUGCUGUUACCGACUGCUAAGAUUAAAAAUGUGGACCCAGACUGCGCCCAGCACUACCAGGAUGUUUUAUACCAUGCUAAAUCACAGAAACUCAUGGACUCGGAGAGUGUUUCCAAAGUUCUUUGGCUGGAUGAGAUACAGCUCGCGGUCAAUGAGGCCAACGCAGACAAGGACAAAGCAAAACAAUGGGUUACACUGGUCAUCGAUGUUAAUCAGUGUUUGGAGAAAGAAAAGCCAAGUGAUAUUUUGUCUGUCUUGAAGUCUUCUAUGUCUAACACAAAUGACAUAAUCCCUGAAUGUGCUGACAGGUACUAUCAUGCCCUUGCAAAGGCAAAAGAGCACAAAUCUAAAAGUGUGUCUACUGAAGGUUCAUGGCUCAAACUCAGCCUGCAGGAUAAAUAUGAGUACUACUACAACAUCGAUUCAAAAGAGAGUUCCUGGGUCACACCUGAACCAUAUUUGCCUAAAGACUCAUGGCUCAUGGCAAAAGAAAUUGAGGACACUGUUGAGAAAGUCACAACAGAUUAUGUUCGCAAGAAGAUGUGGUCUGCGUCUGAUGAUUUGCUUCUUCGCCUUCAAGCCACAAGUGCAGGAUCCCUUCUUAGGAAAGAGUACGAAGCUAGGAAAUCAUAUUUGUAUGAACAAGAAAAGCGUGUGGUCAAAAUACAGGCUUUUUGGAAGGGACAUAAACAACGGAAAGCAUAUUCGCGCAGGCGGCAAAUGUUGAUUGAUAAUACUGAUUCCAUUGUGAAGAUUCAGUCCUGGUUCCGGAUGAUAGUAGCACGGAGGAUAUACCUUGCACGACUGCAGUAUUUCAGAGAUCAUAAAAAUGAAAUUGUGAAAAUUCAGUCACUACUGAGAGCAAACAAAGCUAGAGAUGACUACAAAACAUUGGUUGGCUCGGAAAACCCACCGUUAACGGUGAUCCGAAAAUUUGUACACCUACUGGACCAAAGUAACUUGGAUUUCCAGGAAGAGCUGGAGGUAGCUCGGUUAAGAGAAGAAGUGGUGACCAAGAUCAGAGGCAACCAGCAGCUCGAGAAAGACCUGAACUUGAUGGACAUCAAGAUCGGGCUCCUGGUGAAGAACAGGAUCACACUGGAGGAUGUAAUUUCGCACAGAACGAAGCUAAAUAAGAAAAAGGGUGGAGAAAUGCAAAUACUGAAUAACGCUGACAACCAGGGAAUUAAAAGUUUGAGUAAGGAGAGAAGAAAAACACUAGAAACAUAUCAGCAGCUGUUUUAUCUUUUACAGACCAAUCCUUUAUACCUGGCUAAGCUGAUUUUCCAGAUGCCACAGAACAAGUCAACUAAAUUUAUGGAUACUGUUAUUUUCACACUAUACAAUUACGCUUCCAAUCAACGAGAAGAAUAUCUACUCCUCAAGCUUUUUAAGACUGCUCUGGAGGAAGAAAUAAAAUCAAAGGUGGAUCAGGUACAGGACAUAGUGACUGGGAACCCCACGGUCAUCAAGAUGGUUGUGAGCUUCAACAGAGGUGCCCGAGGACAGAACACGCUGCGCCAGCUCCUGGCUCCAGUGGUGAAAGAGAUCCUGGAUGACAAGUCCCUGGCCAUCAACACGAGCCCUGUAGAGGUGUACAAGGCUUGGGUGAACCAACUAGAAACACAGACUGGAGAAGCCAGCAAGCUGCCUUAUGACGUGACCACCGAACAAGCUCUAACAUACCCAGAAGUGAAAAAUAAACUGGAGGCAUCCAUUGAGAAUCUGAGAAGGGUCACUGACAGAGUCCUGAAUUCUAUCAUUUCUUCCCUUGAUCUCCUGCCUUAUGGAUUGAGGUAUAUAGCCAAAGUACUGAAGAAUUCGAUCCAUGAGAAAUUUCCUGAUGCCACAGAAGAUGAGCUAUUAAAGAUUGUAGGAAACCUCCUGUACUACCGGUACAUGAACCCAGCAAUCGUAGCUCCCGAUGGCUUUGAUAUCAUUGACAUGACUGCUGGAGGUCAGAUCAAUCCUGACCAAAGGAGAAACUUGGGAUCAGUGGCCAAGGUUCUUCAGCAUGCAGCCUCCAACAAGCUGUUCGAAGGAGAAAACGAGCAUCUCUCCUCUAUGAACAAUUAUUUAUCAGAGACCUAUCAAGAGUUCAGGAAAUAUUUCAAAGAAGCCUGUAAUGUCCCUGAGCCAGAAGAAAAGUUUAAUAUGGAUAAAUACACAGAUGUGGUGACAGUCAGCAAACCAGUCAUUUAUAUUUCAAUUGAAGAAAUCAUCAGCACACAUUCACUCCUGUUGGAACACCAGGAUGCAAUUGCACCUGACAAACAGGACUUGCUGAAUGAACUACUGGAAUCCCUGGGAGAGGUACCUACUGUGGAGUCUUUUCUUGGGGAAGGAGCAGUUGACCCCAAUGACCCUAACAGGGCAAAUACACUAAAUCAGCUCUCAAAGAUUGAGAUUUCCCUUUAUUUGACAAGCAAGUAUGACCUAGGGGACGGUGAAGCUAUAGAUGGCCAAAGCCUCAUGAUAAAGACCAAAAAGCUGAUAAUUGAUGUGAUCCGGAACCAACCAGGGAACACAUUGACAGAAAUCUUGGAGACACCAGCAACAACACAACAGGAAACAGAUCAUGCCAAAGAUAUGGUGAGCCGUGCAAUUAUAGAUUCCCAGGCUCCAGAAGAAAUGAAGCAUAGUCAGUCUAUGGUUGAAGAUGCACAGCUACCCCUGGAGCAGAAGAAAAGGAAAAUCCAGAGGAAUCUUAGGACUUUGGAACAAACUGGACACGUGUCAUCCAAGAAUAAAUACCAAGACAUUCUCAAUGAGAUUGCCAAGGACAUUCGAAAUCAAAGAAUACAUCGUAAGCUUCGAAAAGCUGAAUUGGCCAAACUUCAGCAGACCCUGAAGGCACUCAAUGAGAAGGCGGCAUUUUAUGAAGAGCAGAUUAAUUAUUAUGACACCUACAUAAAGACUUGUUUAGACAACUUAAAAAGAAGAAAUUCUCGAAGAUCCAUUAAACUAGAUGGAAAAGGAGAACCCAAAGGGGCAAAGAGAUCUAAGCCGGUGAGGUACACGGCAGCAAAGCUGCAUGAGAAAGGUGUCCUCCUGGGGAUAGACGACCUUCAAACAAACCAGUUUAAAAAUGUUACAUUUGAUAUCGUAUCUACUGAAGAUGUGGGCAUCUUUGAUGUCAGAUCAAAAUUCCUUGGUGUCGAGAUGGAAAAGGUACAGCUCAAUAUUCAGGAUUUACUUCAGAUGCAGUAUGAAGGAGUAGCUGUCAUGAAAAUGUUUGAUAAGGUUAAAGUGAAUGUGAACCUUCUCAUAUACCUGCUGAACAAGAAAUUCUAUGGAAAGUGAAGUGCCUACAGAAAUUUCAUGGAAUCUGUAUCAUCUGGAUUAAGAAAUGAAUCUGUUUAAUAUUUUUGUUGUUAAACAUGAUUGAAAUCACUGCUUAUAAAUGUGUGAUUUUUAAAACAAAACACAACAAAACAAAAAAGACCAAAACACUUCUGAAGAAUGUACCCAUGUGCCUUUUUGAUAAUUUAAUACUAUGGUAUAAUAAUCAAAAAAAUGAAUUAAUGUAAACACUUUCACAUUAUACUGUGGUAUAGGUACUCUGAUUUAAAACUUUGGACCUUCUGUGAUUUGUUUUAAAGUAGGGAGAAAAUAAGUUUAGUUGACUAGAGACAAAUCUGUAAACUUAUUUUCCUAUGAAAAAAUUUUAAGCGUCCCAUUUGAAUAAUUAAUUCUUCAUAGAUUUUUUUUUUUGGUCUAUGGAGUUAUAGAAACCUAAUUAUUUGUAAUGAAUUAUUUACACAGAUAUUUAGUUCUAAGCCCUACCUUCUGGGAGUUACCAAUUUUAAAGAAGUUUUGUGCAAUUCAAUAUGAAGUUUUUAUAGGUAAUUGAAAGUGAUAAUACAGUAACACUUUCUGUAUAAAAGUAUAUAUUUUAUGUGAUUUAUUCCUACUAAAUGAAGUGCACUACUGCCUCAUGGUAAAGACUCUUGUUCCCAGAGCCUUUAAGUGACUAAGGAACACCACGGUAGCGAUCCCCCCUAAGCCCCCACCUCCACCCCUCACAGUUUAUUUGAAUACUUAAAUUGCGCCUCUCAAUUUUUUGUAAUGUGAUAAAAAUCAGUAUCUAGAUGGUUUUUAAAUGUAUUCUUUGAAAAUUGUUUUAUGUAAAAUAAAUGUUACUGAAUUACA